GCUAGCUCUAUCAAACAUCCAAGUCAUUCUUGUUUACAGAGAAAGAUCGAUGUCUUCUUCUUCUUCUUCUUCUUACUGUACUGUGAUUGGUCUACUCUUGGCAUUUUUGCUUGGAGGAUCAUCAUGCAAUGGAUACCUGACUCCAACAUUUUAUAACGAAACAUGUCCAAACGUGACGAGCAUCGUACGUGGAGUCAUUGAGCAGGCGUUGCUGACCGACACCCGGAUUGGCGCCAGCCUUAUCAGGCUUCAUUUCCAUGAUUGCUUUGUCAACGGGUGUGAUGGAUCAAUUUUGUUGAACAACACCGACACCAUAGAAAGCGAGAAAGAGGCUGGCCCAAAUAAUAACUCAGUAAGGGGUUUUGGUGUUGUCGAUGACAUAAAGACUGCGUUGGAAUGCGCUUGUCCCGGCAUUGUUUCCUGCGCCGAUAUCCUCGCCAUUGCAUCUGAAGCAUCAGUUUCACUGGCAGGAGGUCCCUCGUGGGAUGUUUUACUUGGAAGAAGGGAUGGCACAACAGCAAACCGAACUGGUGCUAAUCUUGCCCUUCCAGGACCCACCGAGACCAUAGCAGCUAUAAAAUUAAAGUUCUCAGACGUCGGCCUGAACACUAGUACCGAUGUAGUUGCUCUCUCUGGUGCUCACACUUUUGGACGCGCUCGGUGUCUGACUUUUAGCAACCGGCUAUACAAUUUUACCGGUGUUGGUGAUUCUGAUCCGACCCUGAACUCAACCUACUUAGAAACUCUCAAAGGAAUAUGCGCGGAGAACGGAACAGGGUCUGAUCUGACCAAUCUCGACCUCACCACGCCGGAUGCUUUUGACAAUAAAUACUACUCUAAUCUUCAAGUCAACGAGGGCCUACUGCAGAGUGAUCAAGAGCUGUUCUCAACUACCGGGGAGGAUACUAUUGACAUUGUUAACUACUAUAGUGCUAACCAGACUGCUUUCUUUGUUGACUUUGUGGUAUCAAUGAUCAAAAUGGGGAAUAUCAGCGUGUUAACGGGGACACAAGGAGAAAUUAGACUCAACUGCGCCGUAGUUAACGCAAACACUACUUCUGGAUCAGAUGGUCUCUUGCAUAGCUCUAUUUAAAUGAGAGAUAAGAGAUGAGGCUGAUCGAGUACGAAUAAGCUAAAUGCAAGCAAAUAUAUGGUGUGUAUAUCUACACCUUUUGCUGCACAUGUGGUGCUUUUGUGCAACUAACUAUACGUAUAUGCAAUCUUUUAUCUGUGUUUUGAGUGUUUGAUGCAAAUAAUUCUGUAUGAAUAAAUGAGGGAGGCUUGAGUGAUCGAUGCUUUUCUCCCCUUUCAUAUAUCGAAAGAUCGAGUACGGUAUGGACUAUGUGUAUUGAGAUGGGGAAUUUUUAGUGCUUUUAUCCACCUGUUGUACUAUAUUUUAUUAGUGAAUUUCUUUUAUGCCAAACCAUAUAUAUAAAUUUUUGUGCU